AUGGAUCUCCCGGAUGAGCUGCUCGCUGACAUCCUCCACCGCCUCCCGCCGCGGGGAAUCGCGGCGUGCCGGGCCGUCUGCAAGGGGUGGCGCGAUGCCGUUGAUGCUGCAGGGUUGCUGCUGGCCGUGGCGCCCCUCCUGCCGCGUCCCAUGCGUGGCAUCUUCGUCAACUUCUCCAGCAUCCGCCACGACCGCCCCUACCUCUUCUCCCGCGGGCCGACGGUGAACCCCAGCGUCGCCCUCGACGCCUGCGCGCUCGACUUCAUGCACCACCUGUGCCGCGGCUACCAAAGGGAGACCAUCCUCGACCACCGCAACGGCCUCCUACUCUACAUGAACGGUCUAAAGAUAUACGUGUGCAACCCCGCGACAUGCCGGUGGGCGGAGCUUCCGCCGAUGCCCUCUCGUUGGUCCAGCGCCGCGUACCUCGUCUUUGAUCCCGUCGUGUCUCUGCACUACGACGUGUUCAUCUUCCGAAAUACGGGCAAGGGUAACACCCCACCAUCUACAUACAUGAUACCAGUGUACUCGUCGAAAACCGACCAGUGGGAGGAGUGGCCUUUUAUCCGGGAAGGAGAUGCUACUGCGAUCACCAUGGUGUCGGGUCAACUAGGAGAUCCGAAGCGCCGUGGUGCCGUGUGCUGGCGUGGAGCACUCUACCUUCAUUGUUGCAGCGGUCUUCUCACAAAGUAA